GAACUUUAUGAUAUACUAGACAUCGCAAGUAAUUACGAACAAUGGUCUGAAAUCGACUACGUCGCCCACGACGAUAUUCCUUAUACUUCCGAUAACACUGCCGAUGUUUAUGCAUUUGUCAAAGAACAUGGCCGCUUUCUUCCCACCCAACGCACGGAUGGAAUCUCAACUUCUGAUCAUAACUUGGAUAAGUUGAAAAAUGAUUUGGCUCAACCGUUUGCUGUUUGGGAAUAUAGAAGUCAGGAAAUUGUUAAAGGAUUUGCUGAAAAGUUUGGUGCAGAAAGUGUUGUGGUAUACACAAUGACGGGUGAUGAAAUUCUUGAAACUCUUUAA